UAUCAGAUUUCAGGAUGUCAGGUUGACGUCUAUAAGAACGUUCCGUCUAUCAUCGCGUGAGGACGUAGACGGAGGUUACAAACAAGAAGGAGGAGAGCACGAGCACUUUAGCUACCGGGCACCGAUUAACAGAGAAACGGCCAGACAAAGUUUUCGGAUCGGGGCAGAGAGGAUUCAGUGAAAGUUCCGUGAAUGAAGUUGGUGUGUUUUCGGAUAUGACAUUCACAUGCAGAUCGUCGAUCCGCGUCUGGGUCACAAACCCAGGCUGCGUCCUGUUCCUGUUUGGGUUACUACUGUCAUCAGCAGGUUCAGCCUCAGCAGAUAUUGUCCCACAGACAAUAACAGCCCAUGUGACUGAAACCGUCGUCCUGCCCUGUCGCAUCACUGUCGAUGGUGAAUUCCCCACAGUGGAGUGGUCCAAGGAGGGCUUAAAGGAAAACAUCACCUUACUGUACCGGGAUGGCUGCGAGACGUUUGGGAUGAAGAAUCCGGCCUUCCACUACAGGACAAACCUUCUUUUGAACAAACUGAAGGACGGCAACAUUUCUCAGAUCAUUUACAACCUGAGGGUGUCUGAUGGAGGCAGGUACCACUGCAGGACCCGCAGGGAGAAGCAGUGGCAGGUUCACGCAGUUAUCAUCCUUAAAGUGGGUGCCAUGCCUGAGCCAAAGCUCACAGUUGUUCCCUCCUCUGCUGGUGGAGGAGUGACCCUGGAGUGUAAGGCAGAGUGCUGGUUCCCAGAACCUGACAUAACGUUUCAUGAUGAUGAAGGAAAUGAGAUUACAGCAGAAAAACCCACAAGAGGUCCAAACUCUACUGAAUGUUUUACUGUUACCAGGAGAGCAGUUGUUCAGACUCCCAUCAACAGAGUGACCUGCAGAGUCCAUCAGAGAAAGCUCAAUCAGACCAAGAAGACAGAAAUUUACAUUCCAGAUGACUGCAUGAGGUCUUGCUCAAACACUUCAACCAUCACAGGAAUCAUCACUUCCUUCGUGAUGGGGUUAAUAAUAUGUGGAAUUGUUUUCCUGAUAGACAAAAAAUCCUGGGGGAGAGGACUUCACUUAUGUCUGUCAAGAAAUGGAAAUAUGAAAGAAGCUGUUCAAGAGAAGGAAAAGACGGACAGUAAUGAAUACAGACACAGUGGUACCUCACAGAAAGAGCAGUCCACAGAUAACUCCAGAACCUCACUAGAUGGCAGAGAGCCAGUAACCCAGCCACCCAGCUACAACGCGUCCACAGGACAGGACACGUCCACUAUGAAAACGUAUGAAAUGACUGCUGUAAGACCAAACAAAACCCCUAGCUUACUGAGCAACGACAGGUCUGUUUCCCUUUCCUCUCUGCUCUCUUCCAAUAGUUUUCAAAAGACCUUAAGCUACCAGUCAAAUGCCAAUGAGAGCUCAGAGGCACUGUUAAAUGAACAAGAAAACCACAACAACUAAAAUGUGGCAAGGACUAGGUCAUUUUAAGUUAGUCCGAUAAUUUCAAGCUAAAUUGCAAGAGAACUUGAUCAUUUUUAUUCCCAUGAAAUUAGAAUAGGAAUUUUAUCUCCAGAUAAAAUUUGCAGGGUAUUUUUUUUCUGGAGACAUUGUAGUGUUUUCAACGUAGCUGUUGGUGACACCAAGUUAAACCACAAAUGAAGACCCUGGAGUUUAGUUGCAGCUUGUUUAAUGGUCUUCAUGAACAUGUGGUGAAAACUGAAGUGACAAAAAAUAUGCUCCAUCUCAACAUGGAGAGACAUAUAUACCCAAAUUUAGUGGUUCAAGUUCACUAAAGUAACAUUACAGGAAAAUCAACAAUAAUAUGCGACUAAACAGUAUAAUCUUCCAUAUAAUACAACUUGCGGCGUUCCUGCAUGACAAUUCAGAGUGGAUGGCAUCUGAUAACAUUUCCAUGCUGCCUCUUGCAUGUGAACCUGUCUUCGAAGCAAAAAACGGAAUACCGGAAGUACGUAACCGGAACCGGAAGUAGAAUUUAUCGAUAAUGCAUUUUUUAUUUUUUUCAUGCAAACUUAUAUAAAGCAUGAAUUGUUUAAACAACUUGCAAUCAUUCUUAAUUACACCGAAAUAUUUUUAGAAUUAUUUACUUAACCUUAUGAACUUACUUAUUUAUAGAAAUGUCUUAAGAACAACACAGACAUCAUUAUGUGUUUCAUUUUGUUGUGUGUUAUUUUUAUUUUAAUUGUGCUUUGGUUAUUUUGCGUCUUUUGGAUAUUUAAGAUAUCUUUCAGUUCCAGUGUUAAGAGCUCUUUACAAGAUUUUAAGUUUUUAGAUAUUUGAGAGUGAAAACUUGCCUUGUUAUUACAUUAUCGGUAACCUCUAAGAAGAUGCAUUGUCUAGCAAAACUGACGGUGAUAGGCCUCAAAGGAUCAGGACAAAAGCCUACAAAACUUUAAUUUAAAACCAAGUAUAUCAAGACUUCUGCUCAGCAGUCUUCAGUUUUCUUAUCCUCGGGUUUCAGUCUUAAAAGUGUACAUCAUUUUUAGAACAUCUCUGGUCUUGUACGAAAAAGAUAUUGCAACUAUCACCAUAUCCAGUUCCAGUUAGCAAUUAGGCUUGUUAGUGAGCCAAACAAAGUCUUAAAUUAUGUGGGAAUAAGACUAAAACAAUCUUUCCAUAAUUUAGUGUUAGACUUUUAAAAAAAUCUAUAUUUACUGAAUAUUUUGUUGUACUAGAAUUUUGUUUAAACAUUAAAUUAAACAGGGAACUGGCCUUUGUAAUUGUGACGUAAUUUGCAAGUGACUCAUUAGGUUACUACUGACUGACACUUAGGUUGUUGGAGAGUGGUUGGGUGUUUGACUGUACUUUUUUUUGCAUAUCUUUUGCAACACAUUCUAAGAUGUGUGUUUGAAUGUUUUCUCAGGUGUUUUAUGAGUGUUUCACUUCAGCCUAACAUUUCCUUGAUGAGUACACCAUGUUGUCCCUAUUCAUGCUGAAUUUUUGUAAAUUGUAAGUUCUGUCAAUUUAGUUUUUCUUUAGACAGAAUAUACUUCAGUUAGUUUAGAAACAAAAUUUGUAAUUAAUUUUAUUAAAAAUAGUUUAUAUUAUUUUGGUAACUUUUAUUCCUUCUACUUUAAGUGAUUAAGGACACCCUGUGUCCGGUGUGAUGACGGGAUGUUUUUGGAAAAAUUUUUUUAACACCACUUUUUGUACUUGAAACAUCAGAUCAAGUUAACUUUCAUUUCCAUGUGUCUUGUAAGAGUUUUUUUUAUAUAUAAAUUAUUGUUCUGUCUAUAUUUUUGCAAGAAAAUAUCAAUUUUUUUUUUUCAAACAAUCAAGUCGGAAGUGCGUUCAAGGUCUUUUCCUGUAAAUCUUUGCUUUUGGAACUUAGAAGGCCGCGACACAGACUAUUUGGUUUAACUUCUAUCAUUAUCAAAGAAACUUGUUACCACCUACCUUCUACUUUAUUCGAUGCUUUUUGUUGGCACCUGAUGCUGAUGUGUCAGGUCUGCUCUCCCGGGUACUCGCAUCGUCCCUCCAUGCUUCAAAGGGAAAGCAACAUAUACACUGAUGCUAUUUAUCGAUUUUAGCUUUGCAUUUAACAUUGUCCCAAUGAAGCUGUGUGGCAAACUCCUGAGGAUGUGUGUCAUGUUAUACAUUUGCAAAUAGAUUCUCCAUUUUUUUCUUUUACAAAUCACAAGUGGUCUUUUCUCUCGUGCUGUUUCUACACCAAUGACUGCAUGUUGCAUCAUGACUCAGUCAAGAUAGUUACAUUUUUGGACACCACCACUGUAGGGCGUAUGAUGUAGUAAUAAUCAAACAACUGCACAUAGCAGAAGUCUCCUUCUACACAUAAAACAACUCGAGUCUCAGAAUAUAUAAAACCAAGGAGACAGUUGUCGAAAAGCAAAAAUAUAAUGCACCCACUGGUCAGUGUUGGAGUAAAUGGUUCAUUGUGUCUAGGGACCAUCAUGACCUCUGAUCUUAAGUGGUACGAUCGUGUCAGCCAUGUUGUCAAGAAUUUACACCAAAGUUGUGUCCUUUCUUAAAUCUGUUAACAUUUUACUGUUACUUCCAGUCUUUAGUCUGUUCUUAUUCAUGUUUAUCUUCUGAUAAAUCAGGAGGAAUUGUUUUUACAUUUUACCUUUUCACUUUGCAUAUGUUCAAGCUGUGUCAAGUUUCUGUAAUGUAUUGUCGUGUUGGAGCAACAAGGCAAAACAAGUUUUAGACAUAUUGACAAUAAAGUAUCAUCUUAAUUUAACUUGAA